AUGGCCGCCAACGAGUUCUACAACCAGGGUCCCCCUCACCCUCAGCAUGCCCAAGCCGAGCUGGAUUCCAUCGCUGUGAGCGAGCGUCUGCUGUCGACGCCCGCGGAUGAGCGACACGACCCGGCUAUCGAGCUUUCGCCAUCUCCCAUGAUCACACGGCUGACUGCUGUCCGUAUAGAUACCAGGGCGGCGGCUACCCCCCGCAGGGCCACUACCAGCAGCCGCAACAGCCCUACUACCCUCCCCAGGGUGGUUACCAGCAGCCUUACCCGCAAGGCCCGCCGCCGCAACCUCGCCGAGAGAAGAAGGACCGCGGGUGUCUGGGAGCCUGUCUGGCGACUCUCUGCUGCUGCUUCCUGUGCGAGGAAACCUGCGAAUGCUGCUUCGACUGCAUUGAGUGCUGCGAGAUGUGCUAAACGAACCGAAUAA